AAAAAGUGAGAAAACGCACGGAAAAAAUUUGCGGCAGUCUGAUAAAAAUGUCAAUUUAAGUGUAAAUACGCUAAAAAAUUACUUGAAAUUUGUUAAAUCAUAAUUUCAAAGAUAUCGCACAAAUGAACGUUUUUCAUUUGUGUACGGAAAGAUCCGUAAUCGUCGCAAAAAUGCAAAAAUGUUUGAUGAGAAUUGUAUCUAAUUAGUGUAGGUUUUUGUGGAUUCGGUUGCGAAUGCAGAUGGUGGAGAGCGACGAGUGACGAACUGCGACACAGUCCACAAUGGACAAAGAAAAUUGUUUGGAAUUGUGAGAAAGUAAAGAAACAGCAAAAAUAAAUUAAAAAUACAAACUUGCGAAUUUAAAAUUAAGCCGCAAGGCGGGCGUUGUUUGCAUUUGACCACAAGCUGCGCUACGAUCAAUUGUACAUAAAAAUAGAACUGCAACAUAUAAAUGUGUGUGUGUAUGAAAAAAAAGUGAAAUAAAAUGGAAGAGAGAAAAGAAGUGAGGGCAUUUUCGCUAUAAUUUUCGAAGGACAGGUCUGGAAAAAAUAAAAUGAUUAUAAUAAAGUAUAUUUAUGACAAACUAAUUAAUCGUUGUGAAAUCAUUAAAAUAAAUUUAGUAGUGAGCUCUCCUGCGUAAUAUUGCCUCACAUCAGCUUCUAUAAUAGUAUCCUGUAUACUGCUACGUAUACGAUUAAAAAUUUAAUCGAGCAUAGUGAGAACGCGAAAUACUCGCCGUCUUCUAUAAGACUUUAACAAAAAAAAAAAAAAAUACAAUAUUUUUUCGCGUACAAGUGCAAUAUAAUUUCUAAGUCUUAAAUUAUUUAUUUUAAUUUGAUAUACAUAUUUUCCCGUCUGGUUUUGUUGGCGGAUAAAAGUCCGCCUAAAAAGAGCAGCCAAUUUGUGGUCGUCAACUGGAUUUAGUUUUUGUGACGGCGAUAGCCCGAACACCGGCAAAGUGGAUGCCCGGGGCAGUCUGGGUGUUCCCCAGGACUACGCAGGUAUGGUGGGCCUAGCGGGCGGAGGUGGUGCAGGUGGACCUGGAGGUCACUUGUAUGGACCAGUGCCGCCACAAGACAUGCGCGACAUGGUACAGAUGCCACCACCUCCUUCAAAUGCUCCUACAUCAGCAGAUGCAUGCCUUAGCAUUGUUCAUUCACUAAUGUGUCAUCGACAAGGUGGUGAAAGUGAAGGCUUUGCAAAACGGGCUAUAGAAUCGCUGGUGAAAAAGUUAAAGGAAAAGCGUGAUGAAUUGGAUUCGCUCAUAACGGCCAUCACAACAAAUGGCGCACAUCCCAGCAAAUGCGUGACUAUCCAGCGAACGCUUGACGGUAGAUUACAGGUUGCAGGCCGUAAGGGCUUUCCGCAUGUUAUAUAUGCUCGCAUUUGGCGAUGGCCAGAUCUUCAUAAGAAUGAAUUAAAGCAUGUUAAGUAUUGUGCAUAUGCUUUUGAUCUCAAAUGUGAUUCAGUGUGCGUGAAUCCAUAUCAUUAUGAGCGAGUUGUAUCACCAGGCAUUGAUUUAUCUGGUCUAAGUCUACAGUCCGGCCCAAGUCGUAUGGUGAAAGAUGAAUACUCUGCUGGCCCAUUGGUUGGAGGAAUGGAUAUUGACGGCAAUGACAUCGGCACAAUACAACAUCAUCCAUCACAAUUGGUUGGUCCUGGCUAUGGGUACCCCCAAGGAGCAGUUGCUGAUUCAAAUCACGCAAUGAAUUCUAUGUUCGUUGCGGGGCGAACAAUACCAAAAAUUGAACCAGGCGAUGGUAGCGGUAUGCCACGUGGUGCUUGGAUGGUGCCGCCACCGCCACGGUUGGGUCAGCCACAACCAGUGCCACAAACGCAGCCACAACCACCGCAACAACAAGCACCACAAUCACAGCAACAGCAGCAACAACAACAGCAACAGCGCGCGGCACAAGUUUCCCAACACCCGCUUUCUGUUCCACAUGGUAUGCCGUUGGCUGGACCAAUGAACUCCGGUGGUCCAGUUAUGGGCCCGCCUCCCCCACCUCAAUUGCAGAACCCGCAAGGUCCAAAUGGCAAUAUUUUAAGUGGCGCGGGUCAUCAUACUCAAGCGAACUCACCUACUGACGCACUGCAGCAAGCUCAGGGCUCCGGUGGUGGUGGUAAUAGCGGUGUCGGUGUAAAUGUUAGUGGCGGUGCAGGAGCAGCCGGUCAAAAUCAAGGAGCAUACUAUGGUCCGCCUACAACAUCACAGAUGCCCAAUGUCGCAGAAGCAAAGUUCAAUGCUGCAUUGAAUAACGCGGGACCAGGAGGAGGUGUGCAACAGCCACAUUCGCCCCAUUUACAACAAAAUGGUUAUGUAACGGGUGGUGGUGCGCCACCCAAUUAUGGUCAGCAUGUAGGAGGUGGCGGUAAUGUUGGAACCAAUGGACCACAGUCGGCCUCACAAACCAAUGCUGGUGGACAAGUAGUAUCAGGUGGAACUGUGGGUGCAGGUGGAACGUGGACUGGAUCUAGCACACUCACCUACACACAAUCAAUGCAACCGCCCGAUCCACGUACACAUUCAACAGGAUAUUGGAAUGCGCCAUUGAGUGGUGAUAUGAGUGGUAAUCAACAACAACAACAACAGCCACGUAUGUUGUCCCGGCAACCAGCGCCCGAAUAUUGGUGCUCCAUCGCUUACUUCGAAUUGGACACGCAGGUGGGGGAAACGUUCAAAGUGCCAUCGGCGAAACCAAAUGUCAUUAUCGACGGUUAUGUCGAUCCAUCUGGUGGCAAUCGCUUUUGUCUGGGAGCAUUAAGUAAUGUACAUCGCACAGAACAAUCGGAGCGCGCUAGACUUCACAUUGGUAAAGGAGUUCAACUGGAUCUACGCGGCGAAGGUGACGUUUGGUUGCGCUGCCUCAGCGACAAUUCUGUUUUUGUACAAAGUUACUAUCUUGAUCGUGAAGCUGGUCGAACACCUGGCGACGCUGUACAUAAAAUAUAUCCGGUUGCCUGUAUUAAAGUUUUUGAUUUGCGUCAGUGCCAUCAACAAAUGCAUUCGUUGGCGACAAAUGCACAAGCAGCAGCAGCUGCGCAAGCUGCAGCGGUCGCUGGACUGCCAAGCUCACAAAUGGGCGGAGCGCCGCGAAAUAUUACCGCAGCUGCUGGCAUCGGCGUUGAUGAUUUACGUCGUCUGUGUAUUUUACGUUUAAGUUUUGUCAAAGGAUGGGGACCUGAUUAUCCAAGACAAUCAAUUAAGGAGACACCUUGUUGGAUAGAAGUGCAUUUGCAUCGAGCUCUACAGCUGCUGGACGAAGUGUUACAUAGAAUGCCGAUCGAUGGUCCACGUGCGAUGGCUUAAACAAGUCCUCAAUCACACAGAUGCUUACAUAUUUAAAGUAACAUUAAUACGUAUACAAAAAUGAUGAGUAAAUAAUUGAAUUCUGCUCAGUUCAUCACAAAAGGAAGAAAAAAAAAAAAAAAUACAGGAGCUUGCAAACUUAAAAGGCCUGUUUCCUGCUUUUUGAUUUUUAUUAGCCUUACAAAUGGAUAUAAAAUAUUUUACAUUAUUUAAGCAGAGAUUGUAAGAAUACAUGCAAUUAGUUUUUAUCAAAA